AUGCGCAACUUGAAGCUAUCGACCUCUGUCUUCCCGGGGAUCAUCUUCAUCAGCUGUCUGCUCCUCUACCUCUACUCCACACUCCUCCCUUUCUACGCACACUCUCCCACGGAAAGCCAUAACUCUCUAACCCCAUCCACGCCUGCAUUUUCCCCUUCUCCUCCUCAAUGCAAUCUUUUCCAUGGAAAUUGGGUUGAAGACCCCUCCCACGAACCCAUCUAUGAUGAGACCUGCCCAUUCCACAGGAACGCAUGGAACUGCCUCAAGAACAAGAGGGAUAACAUGGGUCGGAUCAAUUCUUGGAGGUGGGUCCCUUCUGGGUGUGAUUUUCCAAGGAUCGACCCAGUUGGGUUUCUGGGUCUGAUGAGGAAUAGGCGAAUUGGGUUUGUUGGGGACUCCUUGAAUGAGAAUUUCUUGGCUUCGUUUCUUUGCAUUUUGAGGGUGGCCGAUGCGGGUGCCAAGAGGUGGAAGAGGAAGGGGGCUUGGAGAGGUGCUUAUUUUCCUAAAUUCAAUGUCACUGUGGCCUAUCAUCGAGCUGUGCUGCUUGCGAAAUAUGAGUGGCAGCCAAAACAGUCAGCACCUUCUGAUCAAGAUGGAUGGGAAGGAAUAUACCGAGUAAAUGUUGAUACUCCCGCAGAUGAUUGGGUCAAUAUCACCGAUUUCUAUGAUGUUCUCAUUUUCAAUACUGGCCAUUGGUGGGGCCCUGAUAAAUUCCCAAAAGAGAAACCUCUUGUUUUCUAUAAGGCAGGGAAACCAAUACUUCCUUUGCUUGGAAUGCACGAUGGAUUUAAGGUUGUUCUUAAAAAUAUGGUUUCUUAUAUACAAAAGAAAGUACCAAGCAAGACGCUCAAGUUCUGGCGCUUGCAAUCUCCAAGACAUUUUUAUGGUGGUGACUGGAAUCAAAAUGGCAGUUGCCUGUUUGACAAGCCGCUUGAGGAAUCCCAGGUAUGGAUUACAAUUAUACUCUCAAUUACUCCUUGUAGAGGUUUUUGAAUUUGGGUUUAUAAUUAAAUU